AUGUUACGUGCAGUGCAUCAAUCUUGGACUUUGUCCGAGGUCUUCCUCCUGCGAGAAUGUCGCGCUCUAGCUGCAAUUCUCACCCGGCGCUCUUCCACACAAGUUGUAUGUGGGACAACGACUAACCUGAGCAGAUCCGUCCCAACCGCCGACCAAAUCCUCAUUCCCGAGACCCUCUUGAAGAAGCGCAAGUCUCAGGAGAAGGCCCGCGCGGAGCGCACUACCGAGCUUGAGAAGAAGAAGAAGGCUCAAAAGGAGAAGCGCGGUGUCAUCUUCAAGCGUGCCGAGAAGUACGUCAAGGAGUACCGUGAUGUAGAGCGUGAGAAGAUUCGUCUUGCCCGUCUCUCCAAGCAAGAUGGUUCUUUCUACAUUCCUGCUGAGGAUAAGUUGGUCUUCGUUGUCCGUAUCAAGGGUAUCAACAAGAUCGCCCCCAAGCCCCGCAAGAUCCUCCAACUUCUCCGUCUCCUCCAGAUCAACAACGGUGUCUUUGUCCGCAUGACCAAGGCCACCCUUGAGAUGUUGAAGGUCGUUGAGCCAUGGAUCGCCUACGGAUACCCCAACCUGAAGACCGUCCGUGAGCUCAUUUACAAGCGCGGAUACGGAAAGGUUGAGAAGCAACGCAUUGCCCUCACCGACAACGCAAUCAUCGAGACCAGCCUCGGCAAGUACGGUAUCGUCUGUAUGGAGGAUUUGAUCCACGAGAUCUUCACCGUCGGCCCCAACUUCAAGCAAGCCGCCAACUUCCUCUGGCCAUUCAAGCUGUCCAACCCAACUGGUGGGUUCCGCACAAGAAAGUUCCGUCAUUUCGUGGAAGGUGGUGAUCUCGGAAACCGUGAGGACAAGAUCAACGCUUUGAUCAGACAAAUGAACUAA